CUUGGAACUAGAGUGCAACAACCAUUCCAGCUCCAGUUCCGUUAUUUUCUUGUCUUGCGGGUUUGCAGGGGCGGGUUGUUCAUUCAUUUUGAUCAGCGACGAUCUGUCGAAAGACGGUGACAAUUCAACGGAUACCACGGAAACCAACCCCGCCUCCGAAACUGACUAGUUGUCAAUAUGUCACAUCUUUCGUUAAAAAUUACCGUGGUGGGCAUGGGGCUCACUAAAACCUUGCAGUUCUCGGGUGAUAUGUCUGUACACGAAGUAUGCCGAGAAAUCCGUGAAAAGUUUGGUGAAGGUGCGGGCGGGUCAGAUCACGGUCUUUUAUGGCCUGACCAAGGGAAAUGGCUGCAGGCUUCAAAGAUCCUCGACUUUUACGAUCUCAAUUCGGGAGAUGCCCUGGAAUAUCGCAAAAAGCACCGUGCACUGAAAGUGAAGACCAUGGACGACAGUGUAAAGACUGUCAUCAUAGAUGAAAGUUUGCCAGUUCAACAACUGGUGGAAAUCAUUUGCGAGAAGAUUGGAAUUCAGAAUCCCGAAGAGUAUUCUAUUCUACCAGAAGUGGCCCCAGUGGAGGCAGGAACCAAGGAAGGAGGAAAGGACGCUGGGAAAUCUGCUCCAACAAAGAUUAAAGGAGGACGGGAAAUGCUUGCUGGCGAUCAAUCAAAAUGGCUACAUCCCGAUAAAACAAUACGGGAACAAGGAUUGACAGACGAGGACACUGUUCUCCUAAAGAAGAAAUUCUUUUUCACAGACCAGAAUAUUGACCGCAACGAUCCUGUACAGUUAAAUCUACUCUACAAUCAAGCACGAGAGAUGAUCGUCUCUGGAAAGCAUCCCUGCACUGCUGAGGAAGCUUGCCAAUUUGGUGCGAUUCAAAUGCAGGUUCAGCACGGCAAUCACGAACCAGAUAAGCAUAAACCGGGCUUUAUAAAAGUGAGAGACUUUGUGCCGCCCGAGUAUCAAAAGAACAAGGACGUUGAGAAGCGAAUAUAUGUUGAACAUAGCAAACUUCAGGGAUUGGGCGAGCUGAAUGCAAAGUUCCGCUAUGUGCAAUUGUCUCGGUCGCUAAAGACAUAUGGCAUCACCUUCUUUUUGGUGGAGGACGAAACAGCAAAAAAGAAGAAGAAUGCACAAAUGCUUUUAGGAGUUACCAAACAAAGUGUAGUCAAGCUUGACCCAAUCACAAAGGAAAUCGUACGAGAAUGGCGUUUGACACAGCUUCGAAGAUGGGCUGCGUCACCAAAUAGCUUCACCAUGGAUUUUGGGGACUAUGCAGAUGCGUAUUUUUCUGUGAAAACCACAGAAGGCGAACAGAUUUCCCAGUUGAUUGCUGGUUAUAUUGAUAUCAUCAUCAAGAAGCGUAAGGAGGCAGAAAAAGUCGUGGAGAUUGAUGAAGAAGAGCAAGCUACUAUGGAAGAGUUUGUUACACCGAGCAGAGCAACAAAUGUGGGAGUUGUUUCCUCCGGUGCGCGAACGGCUGUCGAAACGAAACUCUCUGUACCGGCGAUGACCGCUGAUGGAAUGAGGCCGGGAUGGGGCCGAUCUGGUACGAAUGUUUAUACGGCGCAAUAUGGCGGUACGGCUGGAGGAUUUGUCCCACAAAUGGCAGAAAUUACUGGUGCGCAACAGACGCUUAUGCAGAGUAUCAGUAACGGAUUUGCGAUGGUCAACAAUGCUGCAGCUGAUAUGAUGGUGGCAGCGAACCUGCCGCCACUUGGUAACGACGCUGCAGCCAUUCAAUGGAAGCAGCAUACAGUGGACGUUAAUGCCGAGGCGGUUGCAUCGCAAAUAACAUCAAACUUGGCGGCUGCAGGGUCUCUCAUCAAUACCGCUACCGGCUACGUGGAAGAGAUGGACUAUGAAGCCAUUGGUGCCAACAUUUCCACCAUGACAGCUAAUUUGAGUCAGUUGGCACAGGGAAUUAAGCUGUUGGCCGGAUUGCAAGAGUCCAUGGAAGAUCAAGAGCGUCUUUUGGCCGCUGGGCGAGGGCUAGCAAAGGCUUCAGCCAAGCUUCUUGAAGCUGCUCAACCUAUUUGCAUGGGUCAGACAAAUAGGGAUGACUUUUUUGUCUGCUCAAAGGCUGUUGCCGCAGCGUCUGCGGAGCUGCUCGGUCUAAUGGGUCGAUUGGAUAUUAGCGAAGACGGACAAAAUGAACUGAUAGACGCCGCAAAACACGUUUCGAAAGCAGCUAUGGAUCUAGUAUCUUCCGCUCGCCCGCUGGCUGCUGCUGUAAAGGAUUCUACUGCCCAACAAGUUAUAAUCGCAGAAGCCAAACGAAUAGGGGAGGCCGCGCCUGCUCUAAUGGCGUGUACAUCCACUGUCUGUCCAGCAAUUACCAAUGCCCAAUGUUUUGACCAAUUGGUCGAGUCGGCAAUGUUGAUGCGAGAUGGGAUUGAGCAGCUUGUGGAGUUAUCAGAUGCCUCCUCAAACCCGAAACUUCAAACUCAACUUAAGGAACAUGCUCAGAAAGUUGAAGAACUUAUUGCGAAACUGAUUGAAAAGGCCAAAAAGGGAGGAGAUAACUUUGUUAGCGACCCGAUUGACAUGCAGUACGAUUCUGUUAUCACCUCCAUUGACCAAAUGAUGGAAAGCAUGGAUUCCGUUGAUGGAAUUGUAAACGGAGCCAGGGACCUCACUCUCAUUUCUAUGCAGUACGUCAAUAUGUUAAAAGGGCUUGGCUUGGACCUCAACGAUUUCGAUGAGAGAAAUCGUCUGUUGAAUGCUGCGCGAACAUUGGGCGAUGUAACGUCGAAAAUGGUGGCAGCUGCCAAAGAUGCUGCUAGAAAUAUCAACGACCCAACCAGUCGAGGUCGAUUAGAAGAAUCUAUACUAGCAUUGCGCGAGGCAACAAACACCGCUGCUGGACCACAGCUUCGCGGAAAGGCGUUCCAAAAACUCAUCAAGGCGGCAAAGGACACUGUUGCAUCUUCCAACCAGUUGAUAUCUGUUUCCCGAACGGUAGCUCAAUCAAACCGCAACCAGGCUUCGCAACUACAGCUUAAUCAAGCUGCAAAGAGAGUCACGGAAAUGAUUCCGGCUUUAGCCUCUGCACUGAAAACGAGCGCAAAUGAACCAGAGAACCUCGUGGCACAAAUGAAGCUUAUUGAAGCCGCAAAGAAAUUCAUUACACCUGGUAACUCUCUCGUUGCAAGUGCAAAGGUCGCUGCUCCAACCACCGCCGACACAGCUGCUCAGGGCAGUUUACUAUCCAGUGUAAAGCAAUGUGCAGAUGACAUACGCGACUUGGAAAAGGCAUUCGCAUUAGCUGAAGAAGCUAGUGCAGGUCUCGAACUGGAGAGUGCAUUAUAUUCGUUGAAGGCUUAUCAUGACGAGCUCAUGGCAGCAUCUUCAAACCCUGAUGCAUUGGUCCCUCUUGAUGGAUACUCUGUAGAAACUUCGCAGAUGGAACUUCUGGGAGCGGUCAAAUCGUUGCAGCAUACGAUAACCCAAGUGCUCGGUGCAGUUCAACAAGGGAACGAGAAAAUUACUGGAACAGCUGCCACGGAUGCCGUUGCAGCACUGCAAGCUCUGUCUUUCGCCGCUCUAGCAUUAAGUGCUGCUGAAUCGGAUCUUGUACUCCGCCGAGAUCUGUUGGGGGCGGCAAACGGGGUGGCCAAUUCAUUGUCUAGUCUUUUGACAAGAACCAAAGACGCUCUAGAAGAUCCCACCACGCGAAGCGAAUUUGAGGCGCUGGCCGCGCAAACGUCUAACGCAAUAGGAAGUCUUACUGGUUACCUCCCAGGGCAGAAGGAAUUGGAUAAAACUAUUUCCGGCAUUCGUGACCGUCUUGCGGCUAUUAAUAACCAAGGUUUAUCGACGGGCGUACCUGCGGGUGGUUCAUUUCAAACCGCGCAAACGAAGCUACAGACUGCGGCUACCGGUCUAAGUGUUGCUGCCAAUGCGUUGGUCUCGGCAUCAAGAGGAUCACCAAUUGAGCUACAGCAAAAUGCAACUGCAUUUAUGGUCGCUUUCAAUAAGCUGGGUGACGCAUCUGGUACUUACGCAGCGGCAACUCAAGAUCAGGCGGUUGCGGGACGACUGCUGCAAUUAUUGCAUGAUUUAGGAGGGUCGUGCGAAAGAAUGCUUGGCUUCACCAAAUCUUCGGCGGCGGAUCCAAGCAAUUCCAUCCUUCGUAAUCAACUGAUGAAUGCGACAAAAGGUGUGGGAGAUUCUAUCAAUCAGCUGCUGGAAGUCUGCUCUGCUGCGGCGCCUGGUCAUAAAGAAUGCAAUAAUGCACUUCAAGCGCUAAAUGUUGCUCUGUCGAAAUUGGAUGCAGUCAAUGAUGCAACAGUAAACCAAGACACGUAUAGCGAGACCGUCGGAAAGUCCUCAGCCGGCUCUAAGACACUGGCCACAGCGUUGAAUUCAUUAGCUGCCGACGUCCGAUCUGGAAAUGUCACCAAAGUUGCAUCUGAUGCCAUAGAGGUGGCAAACGCUAUCUUGACUAUUACUGACGGGAACGUCCGCGCUGCAUAUUUGGUCGGCACGGCGGACGAAUCCUCCAUCGCUGCAAUUCCCCCCGUGGUCGAUCAAAAUGUCUUCUCUCAAGCAGGCAGUGACAUCAAAGAGGCAUGCAGAAAACUUGUUGACAGGAACAAUACUCAACAGCAGAUACUAGAAACUGCUGGAUUGAUUGCAAAACAAACCGGUAAACUGUGCGCGGAGUGCAAGACAGCUGGGGAAAACUCUGGUGUCACAUCUACAGCGAAACAUCACUUUCUGCACGCUGCGAAGGACUUGGCGGCCAAGACUUCCGCGCUAGUAGCUGCAAUUAAACAGCUUGCGCUGAACCCUAGUGAGGACGCGCGCACUGAAUGUGAGGACACUGCUCAGCCGCUUAUCGACGCCGUUGAUCGUCUUGUCGCUUUCGCAAUGUCCCCAGAGUUUUCGGGGACAGAAGCAAAGGUUGGAACCGCCGCAGCAGCGGCCCAGAGGCCUAUUCUUGAUGGCACGCAAUCUUUGAUUACAUGCGCUCAGGACCUGGUGGGCACGAUAAAGCUAAUAUGCAGCAACCCGAAAGAUCAAGCAUCACAACAAUUGUUGCAGGCACAAAGCCGCGACCUUACUGAAUCAACUCAGAGCGCCCUACAGACAGUCACAAGUGCAGCUCCUGGUCAGCGAGAAUGCGAAGGGGCUCUUCAAAAGCUCUCCGAAUCUGUCGCAGCUGUUGAUUCCGCGAUCGUUGAGGCGACAGUCAACAAUCUCGCGCCUCAUCAAGGAACCAUUUCCACGUCUGCCUUGGUAGACAACGUGCGGGCUCUUGCCAGCUUAGGUGACGUCGUCGCCAAAGCUGCCAAGGAGGAUGCUGCAAGACUAGGCGCAUCAGUGGGUGAGAUGCCAGCUUCCUAUGCAAGAGCGGCAACGGCAGCGGUUGCUCUAGCUUCAAAUAUGAUGGAUAUUCAGGAACAGAUGAAGCUACUGGAGCAAGUAAAAGCUCUGGGAGAUGCCAUGAAUGCCUUUGUCUACGCUGCAAAGAACAAUGGUGGAAAUGCGAAAAAUGCGGCGGGCGUUCAAAAGGUGGAUGAAGAGAAAGCCAAAUUCCGCGCCGUAGUCACAAAAUUGGUGACUACAUUAGAAGGGUCCCGCGAUGAAUCUGGUGAAUUCACAAAAGCGUUCGAGCAAAUUGAGGAAGUCGUAGCCACGCUCGAAUCGCGAAUACCGGAAACCGUGAAGCAGGCCUAUAAUCUCUUUGAAGAAGAGCUAGAAGGUGUGGGUAAGCAGAUUGUGGGAGCAGUCGGUGAUGUGAUAUCGAAAGCAAAAACCCCCGAUCAAUUCCGCAAAGCAGCAACCCAAAUAGCAGCUUUGUAUGAGGAUAUCUGUACAAAAGGUGGAGGUGCGAUACGAGCUACCAAUGAUGCCAAAGUGAAGCAAGGAAUACAGGACUCACUACGAAGCUUGGGAGCAUCCAAGAUAAAACUAAUCGAGUCCAUACGACACGCCAGCGGAAAAAGUGCGGCUGACAAUGUGUCCAGAUCAAAACUUAGUGCUUCUGCCCGUGAGGUGUCGGGCGCAGUCGCCAACUUGAUGACCGUAACCAAAGAAGGGUCAAAGGGUUUGCUGCAAUGUAAAGCGGCUAUCACGCACAUCAACGAUACCGUCGCAGAGCUCGAUGGAACACUUAUAUUUGCGCAAGCCGGACAAUUGGAUCCAGUUGAUACCAAAGAAAAUUUCGCGCGGCAUAAGGACAGUCUACUCGGAGCAGCUCGAGCGCUCACUGAGCAGGUUAAAGUGUUUAUCUCCGCUGUCACCGGGACACAAGAUGAGCUUGGCGCAGUCUCAACAGCAGCCAUUGGUGCUUUGGACGUCCUCAAGAAUGAAGCACGGCUAGCAGCAAUCUCCAUCACCUCUGCCGAUAAGCACAUGCAACAACAACUACUUGGCGCGGCCAAGAAAGUGUCAGAAUGUCUCCAAGUUCUCAUUUCCACAGCGACCAACGCCUGUGGCCGAUCGCCAGAUGACCCACUUAUGUCGCAAUUUGCAGAGACGGUCAAGGCAGAGUUUCAGGCAAUGGGAGAACUCAUACGAGCUACUAAGGUGCUCGGUGAUGAAACGAAGCGAGGCACACGCGCCUUUGACGGAGCCAUGGCGGAAAUUGAACAAGCAUUGGUUGUUCUCGAGUCGAGUGAACCUGCGCAAGGAACUGCUCUUCCCGAUGAGGUUGCUGGAUCCGCUAAAUUGCUGGCCACAGCUGCCGCCUCCUUGGUAUCUGCAUCAACGGGCAAGCAGGAUGAGCUCGUUGCAGCUGCAAACGCCAUAAAGAAACAGAUGGAGGACCUUGUCCGGGCAGCUAAGGCGGCAACUGAAAAGGCCCCGCCAGAGCAAAAGUCUAACAUGGUUGAUGCUGUCAAAAAGGCAGGAGCAGCAGUGAAAGGGCUGAUAGGCGGAAUCAAGCUCCAGCAAGAGAACAACACCCCUCAAAACAAAGCGAGUGUUCAAGGUGCCGCAAAAGAGGUUGCGCUUUCUGUCAAUGCGGUUGUCAACGCCGCUGGAGCACUCAUACCGGGCGGUUAUGUCGAUCCCAAUGAUCCCAACGUCAUUGCCGAACGCGAACUUCUAGCUGCCGCUGCGUCCAUUGAAGCCGCAGCUCGAAAGCUGGCGAAUCUGGUUCCGGCUGAACGUCCAAGAAGUGCCAAUGAAGAUCUCAACUUUGAGGAGCAGAUCCUCGAUGCAACCAAAUCAAUUGCUGCUGCAACGGCCGCUCUGGUGCGUUCUGCCACUGGAGCUCAACGAGAAAUUGUGGCACGAGGUAGGACAGGGCCAAAGGAAGAGUCGAUGUAUUUCUCUGAUGGGACGUGGAGUGAUGGAUUAGUUAGUGCAGCGAAGAUGGUAGCUGCCGCCACCGGUGAUCUGUGCGAAGCUGCAAAUCAGGCAGUGAAAGGCAAGAUUGAAAGGGAAAGGGUUAUUGUUGCAGCGAAGGCAGUUAGCGCAUCAACAGCCCAACUCUUAGCGGCAGCAACGGCACGAGCAGAUCCCAAUUCACAGGCCCAAAUCCGCUUGCGGGCGGCGGGCAAAGCCGUGACUGGCGCAACAGACAAUUUGGUUAAGGCUGCAGAGGAGAACAUGGCAUUCGAUGAUGCAGAUCAAUUCUCAUCAAUAAUGUCUGCGGCGGGCAAAGUUGGUGGGGCCAUGCAAACAAGAGUGGCAGAGAUGGAGGCUCAAGUUGCAAUUUUGAAAAUGGAGAAGGAGCUAGAAAGGGCUCGGCUGAAACUGGCAUCAGUACGUAAAGGCAAGUACGAUGCUGCGAAAAAGGACGCCCCUGCAGGAGAUGCAGGAACCGCUGCGACGAAGUUGGCAGCGAGAAAUAAAGCUCAGGCGCAAUGAAGACAGUACUAUCUAGCUAGUUACCUUAUACAAAUAAUGUUGAAUAUGGCAAUACGC